UGCGUGCGUAUUUGCGCAUCAAGUCCUCAGGCAGGCCAAGUGAUGUUGUGCGCACGCGCACUGUAAAUCACCAAAGCUGUAAUAUCACCAAGGCUGGAUUUUCUAGUACGCAGCAGGCGCUCAACAUUGAUAGAUAGAUGCAUUCGGAAUUCAUAACGAUGUAAGAAUAAAAAUGCACGUCUUUAUAUACCGUUAAAGCAUAAGGAGCGGAAGAGAAAGGAGUGGGUGAGUUUAAAGCGCUUACAUUUAUCCGAGUCAGUGUUUACCUACAUACGCUACUCAGGGCAGGUGAAGACAGACCUGUAAACAUUUCUCCAGCGAAUACUAUUUCAAUGAUUUUUACCAGUUUCUUAAUAACAAUAAAUAUGAUUGCACCUUAAUUUAAUGCAGUGUGUUGUGAUACAUUAUGAUUAGGCAUGCAUGAACAUGCACGUAAAAAAGCGACGGCAGCAUCGUAGCAUUUUAUUAAUCAUAUUAUAAACGUCCCGAGAACGUUAGUAAUGUCCCUUUAGAAAUGUGACAUCGGCUUAUGUAUUAUGUAAAGAAUAUAAAUAAAUAAUGUGGGCACUGGGCUGUAACCUACUCUACCGGAGAGCUGGAAUAACACAAUGCACUCCUCCUCCGUGCACGGUGAUUAUUUCAGCAGGGCGAAAUGUCUACCAAUAACAACAUGAUGUCCAAGAAGAUCCGGACGGAGUACAUGAAGAAGUUCAGAGAUCCCAAGUGGGAGACGUUCUCGAAAUGUUACGAGGACUCUGUGAAAUACAGACUGACGCGGAGGCUGAUGGAGCAGACACACAGGCCGUUAUUCGUGGACGGAUGGGACAGUGGGUCAGACUCGAGCGGAAGCUCCAGUCCCAAACUCCAGGAGGGGAACGUCUCAAAUGCCAAACACUACACAUCCUCAUCAGAGUCCAAGGAGAAUGCAAAGUUCCUGGACUCCUGGAAGCCACGGGUGAAUGGAGAAGUUCACACGGAUACGAGUGCAACCGUGGAAAGCUCACUUCCCUUGGAGAAUGGUUACAAGGAUGUGACUCCUAACGGACCAUCAGAAUCUAAUCCAAAACGACGACAGAGACGCCGGGCGCCCCGUUCAGAGCCGUGCUACCCUAAUAAGCAGUUGGAUAGUGAUGAAUCUCAACUAUCUGUAUCAAGGAAACCAUCCAGGGCCAAGAGCCAGCCACCGAGGAGCACCAAGGAGCGGACGUCCAACCGUGAGAACAGACGGUCUUUUAUCUUUCAUGACUGGGCAGAAAGGCACAUUGAGACCAGGGACAGAAGGACACCAAAUAUGAGAGUGUCUGUGUCCGCUGGAGAGAUCCAUCGGGCCGACGUGGGCGUCCAAACACGAAGAGAGUCUAAAAAAGGUGGAAGAUCAUCAGACCACCGGCGAGCGAGGUCAGCUGACCUGGAGAAGUCCAGAAGAUCAGCACUGAGUGUGGCGGACGAGCGCUGGAUGACCGAGUACAUGCGCUGCUUCUCUGCUCGGCUGAGGUAGAGGCGGGUCCAGGAUGGAUCUGAUAUGAUGAGGCUGCAAGAAAAAGAUCCCAAACCAGCAUUACAGGACCAUUACAGAGAGCACUGGACAAAAACUGAAUAAAAAGUUAAACGCAUUCCUUUAAUAUAAAAAGAAUUCAUAUUUUUUUGAUGCUAGCUACAAUCACUUUCUUAUGAAUGCAUUUAAGGACCAAACAUUUAAAUAUUACACCAAAACACAUUUGGUAUCACAAACACUUUAAUAUUUUCAGUAUCUUGUUUCUGUUGGAAUUUAAUGGUCAUUUUAUUUUCAGUGUUUGGUGGUUAUUAGAAAGUGUCAGAUAUUCUGUUCUGACUUUUAACAUGGGCUGCAGGGAUUUAAUGUUCAAAAUUAAUUUCUGAGAGGACCAAACAUUUAUUGUUAGAAGGGAUUUGUUUCUGACUCGGAUGAUUGUUUAUUCCGAUCUUUCCAGAAUGUAAUUCUAGACGCUCCAGCCUGCCUGUCACUACGAUGUCAGCUGUAAAACGUACUGUUCUUUUGAAUGUGAUUGACUGAUGUUUGGUUUGUUUUUAUCGAUCACAUGGUCAAUGAAUUUGUGUUUGAGAGGCCGUGUUAGAAGUGCAGUGCUGUGCAAGUCGUGAAAUGUUUUCUAAAAAGUGUAUUUUCCUCACUGAUCACCAACAAUCAUCAUUUUAAUCCACUUUUUGCACAAAGAUGUCAAGUUAUUAAUAUUUUUAGAUGGAAAAAUAAUUGAGGGCUAGUUGAAGGCCAUCAUUUGAUUCUUGUGAAUGUGAUCUUUUAUUAUGCAUUGAGUUAUUUAUUAGAGCACAGAUUUGGUAUGAAAAUACAUAUUUGCUCACGUGUACAGUAUAUAUUUUGCUUUUCCGUGAUAUUUAAAAUGCAUCAGCACUGAUCGUGUCAUAGACGCACUGAAUGAGCUGUGACGCUUUACUCGGGGGACAUUUCCUCUGCUCUUUAUCUUAAUAACUGGUAACGUUAUCUGGUCUUAUUUAUUUCUUCAUUCAGUUAUUCACUUGCUUAUGAUUUCAUAAAAGGAAACUCAUUCUGUUUAAGGUUGCUGAUGUUCUUGAAUGAAGUAUAUGAAAUAUGCUAACUUGCUGAUUUUCUUCAGCAAUGUUUACAUUUUGACCACUGUAUUUGUACAUGAGAACAUGCAUAUAUUUUCAUCUCCAGAACAGAAAUACUCCUAAUGCAUUGCAGUGAAUAAACUAUGUUUGAGUAACA